UCCACAAUAAAAUAUUUAGAAUGUUCUGAAUUUCACCCGGCUAUGAUUGAUUGUGCGUAGCAAAUAUAAAUGGUCGCAUGGUACACAAUCCCUAUCGUAUACUAUGGAUCUAGGUUGGGUCAACCUGGACUCAGGUCCCUAUUUCUGAACCUAGACCCGACCCAUCCCUGGUUUGGUUCUGGUUUCUGUCUCAGCAAGCAGCAUCGGGUGCAUCAAUGGAGCCAGUACUCCGCUGGCUCGCCAUUUUCAUCUUGUUGUCUUCACUUCUUCCCUAUAUUCACGCCAUUUACUGCGAGGAAGAUGAUUGCUAUGAUCUACUUGGGGUUACACAGAGCGCCAAUGCUUCAGAGAUAAAAAAGGCUUACUACAAAUUGUCACUGAAAUAUCACCCUGAUAAGAAUCCGGAUCCAGAAUCGAGGAAGCUUUUUGUUAAAAUCGCAAAUGCUUAUGAGAUUUUGAAGGAUGAAGCUACCCGUGAACAGUAUGAUUAUGCUAUUGCACAUCCUGAAGAGGUAUUCUAUAAUGCUGCUCGUUAUUAUCACGCAUAUUAUGGGCACAAAACAGAUCCUCGUGCCGUUUUAGUUGGCCUAUUGUUGAUUCUUUCAGCAUUCCAGUAUCUAAAUCAAUGGACCAGGUACACACAGGCUAUAAGUAUGGUUAAGAGAACUCCAGCUUAUAAGAACAGGUUGCGCGCAUUGGAACUAGAACGCAGUGGAGGAAUCACCAACAAGAAGAAGGCUUCCAAGCAUAUAAACAAGAAGGUAGAAGAAGAGCUCAGCAAUGAACUUGAAUUGCAAAUUCAGGGAGCUGAAAAACCUUGCUUAUGGAAUCUCAUAGUUGUUUGGUUCAUUCUACUGCCAUACACUCUUGGCAAGCUAAUAUUUUGGAAGGGCUCUUGGAUAUGGAGAUACACGAUAUACAAAUCGGCUUACUCAUGGGAGGAUGCUUGUUACUUGACACAAAGAUCCCUUAGAGUGCCUCAAGAGGCGUGGAGGACAUUGGAUGAAUCCAAGAAGAAUGAUCUGGUGGGUAGACGUCUAUGGGUGAAAUCAAACAUGGAGGCCUAUCUCACAGAAUUGAGGAAAGAAGUGAAGCGCAGAAGAUAGAUAGCAUUUAGUGGAGUUUUUUUAAUCUUGGGGACUACAUUCAGUUUCUCUUUUGAUACAUUUUCUCCUUGUAUUGAAGGAGCACCUUGUUCAACUUCCACUUAACGAACCUUGUUCUACUUCCACUUAAUGAGAUGAAAAUUUUGGUUAUGAUUUAUUUA